CUGGGAUCGGGCGCACGGGGGGUCGUGGCGCGGAGUGGGAACGUGAGCGCGAGCGCUGCUGCAGCGGGCGGCAUGGCGAGCACAGCCUCGGAGAUUAUCGCCUUUAUGGUCUCUAUCUCGGGCUGGGUGCUGGUGUCCUCCACGCUGCCCACCGACUACUGGAAGGUGUCCACCAUCGACGGCACGGUCAUCACCACCGCCACCUAUUGGGCCAACCUGUGGAAGACGUGCGUUACCGACUCCACGGGUGUCUCCAACUGCAAGGACUUCCCCUCCAUGCUGGCGCUGGACGGUUAUAUCCAGGCAUGUAGAGGACUUAUGAUUGCUGCCGUCAGUCUGGGCUUCUUUGCUUCCAUAUUUGCCCUGUUUGGAAUGAAGUGUACCAAAGUCGGAGGCUCAGAUAAAACCAAAGCAAAAAUCGCUUGUUUGGCUGGGAUUGUUUUCAUACUGUCAGGGCUAUGCUCAAUGACCGGUUGUUCCCUGUAUGCAAACAAAAUCACAACGGAAUUCUUUGAUCCUCUCUAUGUUGAGCAAAAGUAUGAAUUAGGAGCUGCUCUGUUUAUUGGAUGGGCGGGAGCCUCACUCUGCAUAAUUGGUGGUGUCAUAUUUUGCUUUUCAAUAUCUGACAACAACAAAACACCCAGAAUGGGAUACGCAUACAAUGGGGCCACAUCUGCCAUGUCUUCUCGGACAAAGUAUCAUGGUGGAGAAGGAGAUUUUAAAACCACAAACCCUUCAAAACAGUUUGAUAAAAAUGCUUAUGUCUAAAGAGCAUUGCUGCAAGCUGUGUCUUGAGUUUGUUGUAAAAGUGAACUGUUCACAAAAUGAUCCCAUAAGCCCCUCCUAUAAUUAACACUCAAUUUUUAAAAUAUGAAUUUGAAGGAUUUGUUGAUUGUAUGGAUGUAAAUGUUCUUACCUAGUUAUAUACUAAUCAUUUUCUGUUGUGGCUUUCUAUAAAAAAAAUAAACAGGUUAUUUACAGGAUGUGUAUAUAUUUUAU